UAGGGAGAAAGGACGAGCUGAUUUGAAACGCGUCCGACACAGAGCCGCGGCCGUUGGUGGCUCGCUCAGUGUGCGAGUGCGACUCCGGGUUUAAAUAAAAACAAACCGCGGUGUGACCGGUUUUAAAGAUGGGACCCGAGGCUCCGCUGUGGAAGCGCGUCCAGGCGUUUCGCGGCCCUGUUCCUCGGGCGAGGCACGGACACCGAGCGGCGGCCAUCCGGGAGCUGGUGGUGGUGUUCGGGGGUGGAAAUGAAGGAAUAGCGGAGGAGCUGCAUGUUUAUAACACGGUUUCCAGACAGUGGUUUCUCCCGGCAGUGAGAGGAGACAUCCCUCCUGGCUGUGCUGCACAUGGGUUUGUGUGUGAAGGCACUCGCAUCCUGGUGUUUGGAGGAAUGGUGGAAUUUGGACAAUACAGCAACAGUGUCUAUGAGCUGCAGGCCAGUCGCUGGCUGUGGAAGAAGCUGAAGCCACGGCCACCGAAGAACACUUCGCCUCCUUGCCCUCGUCUGGGACACAGUUUCACUCUCCAUGGCAACAAGUGCUAUCUGUUUGGAGGGCUGGCCAAUGACAGUGAAGACCCAAAUGGUAACGUGCCUCGAUAUUUGGAUGACUUCUAUGAGCUGGAGCUACAGACACAGUCGGGAGUCAAAAGCUGGAUCGUCCCUGAAACAAAAGGAGGGGGUCCAUCACCCAGGGAGUCUCACACGUGCGUGGCCUACAGCGGGAAGAACGGCAGCUCGCCGAAGCUUUACAUUUUUGGGGGCAUGUGUGGGAACAGACUGGCAGAUCUCUGGCAGCUUGAUCUUGACACGAUGACCUGGUCAUUACCUAAAACUUCAGGGCCCUGUCCUUUCCCGAGAAGUCAACACUCUUCAAAUGUGAUUGGAAACCAGAUGUAUGUGUUUGGCGGCUGGGUUCCUGCAGAGCAGAAGAACGUUAUAGGAGCUGAAUGGAUCUGUACGAACUCUAUGUCCGUGCUAAACCUCGACACAAUGACGUGGUGUGGUCUGAACCCUGAGAGCCAGCGGCAGUCGGGAACAGCUGUAGAGGAUGACGAGGAGGAAGAGAAGGAUCACGUCCGCUGGCCCAAAGCUCGCUCCGGUCACUGCGCUGUGGCCAUCGGCACCCGCCUGUACAUCUGGAGUGGACGGGACGGCUACAGGAAAAACGGGAACUGCCAAGUGUGCUUCAAAGACCUGUGGUAUUUGGAAACAGAGAAGCCAGCAACACCAGCUGCUGUUAUUUUGGUCAAGUCCACGAUCAACAUGCUGCAUGUCGCCUGGCACCCUGUACCUGCAGCUGAGUGCUACCUGCUUCAGUUGCAGAAUAUUGCACCACCUCCACCCUCACAAACACAGGCCUCUGAUUCGCCAGCUACCCCAACCCCACCCACCAGUCUCGCAGAGGAAGAGGACGAGUUUCUACAGGGACCUGUUCACAGACCACAGUCGGAGCCGUCUCACGGAGGUGGAGAUGGAAACCACGGGAGCGCAACACUACAGGAGAGAGCGGGUGCUGGUGAUGCCAAAGCAGAGACUACAGAUAAACCGAACAAAUUAGAGUUUAGUCCGGCUGCUGGUAUCAACACAGACGAGUCUGUAACUAGGCAGCAGGCAGCCACUUUAAGACCUGUGACAGAAGAAGCGGAUGAGCAGAAUGGGACUAAAUCUCAGCAAGAACAUGAAAAUCGAGCCAACCCUUCAGGACAGAAUGAUAGAACAGAAGUUUCCACAUGGUUCGAUGUCGGUAUAUUCAAAACACUCUUCGCUGAGGUCACACACUACUAUCUGCCCUCUGAGAACGGGAGCACUGACCCGAUCUCCAGUAACGGCGAGAAGAUACCAGGACCUCACACAUUUGAAGGACGAGAAAAGCAGGAGCUUAAAUCUAAUGUGACGUACCGGUUCAGAGUGGCAGGCCUAAACUGCUGUGGCCGAGGAGACUUCAGCCCCACUGGGGAAUUUAAAACAUGCUGUCCUGGAUUCCCAGAGGCACCUCCUGCUGUCAAAAUCACCAAGGCAUCUGAUUCAGUACACAUCACAUGGGAAUCACCCUCCAAUUCAUCAGGGAAAAUUCAGGAAUAUUCCAUGUACCUGGCGGUAAAGAAGACGCGAGGAAACACCUCAGAGAAGCCAGGAGAUCUUACCUUCAUACGCAUUUACCGUGGCGCCAAAACCGCAUGUACAGUGAACGCCGCGAAUCUGAGUAACGCGUACAUCGACUGCUCGGCUCGUCCUGCCAUCGUGUUCCGCAUCGCCGCCAAGAACGACCGUGGCUACGGGCCCGCCACUCAGAUCCGCUGGCUACAAGAAAGCAAUAAAAUCAAAUCAGCAUUAAAACCAGACUCCAGCCCAACCAACCCUGAGCCAGAUGACAUUAGCUUGUGACUGCUGCAGUGGCUGUUCUUACUCUCAAAUCAGCUCUGGUUCUGGGCUUAUUUUCACAGGAGCAUACAGCGUUUUAAUUUGAUGCAUUCUGCCAUACUAUUCAGUCCCAGAUAUAUCUUUUUUUUUUUACUCAAGUGCAUUUGUACAGUUUGCUGUAAGAUUCCUAACUUAUUUUUUUAAAUACUGUUUCUAAAUCUGCAUUUUUACUACUGCCGUAUUUAAAAAUGUGCUCAAUUUCCUGCAGAGACUAAACAUGCAUAGACAUGUUUGUUGAGGGCUCAAGACAAUUUUAUAUUUUGUAAAAUUUCAUUGGUCAGUCAUAGGGGUUAGAUGGUUUAGUUGACCUCCCCAAAACUUGUUUGUAGAAGCAAUUGAAUGAUUGAUUUUCUUAGUAACAACAUGUAGGUGUAGAGCCUGUAGGGUUUUUUUUAACUUUAAAGCAAGAGGAAUUAACACUAGAGAUCUGUUAUAGCCUUUGUACUAAGUGAACAAAAGAACCAACUUUUCAUAUUUAACAUUGUGUGACAUUUAUGAAGAAUCAUUUCAACUUUUUUUUUUUUAAACAGGGAAGUCCACUUUAAUGUGGUAAUAGUAGCGCUUGCUUCCCCCCCUUAGUUCUGUCAAAGGUAGAAUUUUGGUUCAAAUUCAUGACCUUUAAUGUAAUGUAGUUACAUGAAUUGUAAUUAAACAGUGGUACAAUUAGCCAA